AUACGUACUAUAUUAGCUUAUUUUCAAUAUCCAAGAAUCACCUGAUAACGCGUCAGAUUGCUAUUUCAAGUUUGACGAUCAUGUAAACAAAAAACAAAAAAAUUUAAAAAAUUUAAAAAUAGCUAUUAGUAGUUUUUCGUCUUAAAGUGUCAUAUUAAUCGAGGUACAAGAUGGUCGUGGUCGACAUCUGUGAUAUUGGAGAAAAACUCGAUCUCGAAAAAGAAACAGAACCCGAAGAUAACGGCAGGCACAUUAACCCGCAUACUUUCGGGACAUUAGAAUGGCAAAAGGUGGAAGAAGAGAAGAUAUUGAAGGAUUCAGUUAAGCGUAUGGACAGAAUGAAAAACUUGCAUACCAGCAUGGAUAGAAUAUGGAAGUAUAACUACCUCGAAACAGAAAAAGUCUUCAACGAUUUCUUGCCGAUUAAUACAAAUGACGGGAAAAAGCCAGAAUGCGCUCCACCGAAAUUGGAUAAGUUUCCGCUCAACCAACAUUGCGAAGUCGCUAAAUACAAACAAUGCGUUGCAAAGCUUACAAAUAAAACCUUCGAGACCAACGAAUAAAAUGUAUAGAAAUGAAAAAAUAAACUACUAAUAACUUAAAA